AUUCAAAACCACGCGAUUGUAAAAGGGAACUUUCUCUCGCUCGCUCACUCAGCUGCGCUGCGGAGUGAUUCCUAUCGUUCCCCGUUUAGAGGACGACAGUGUGUGUGUCUCUAUGUGUGGAGGGGUGAUGCGGCUCGGUUGAAGCUUGGUGGCCGUUAGUUUAGGAAAGAAGGCGGUGGGUGUGUGCACCCGCCACCAGCAGAGGGGAAGAAGGAGUCCUUAAGGAGGGCAGCGGGGAGGAAGGAAAGGAGGCAGCGGGGUGGGGGGAUCUUGGAGAGGUCUGGGGAGUGGCUGGAAGGGCUGUGCAGGAGCUGAGCGAGAAGGGCAGAGAAGCCCGGAGAGAGCCGUGGGGAGGGCAUGUCGGGGGGGGGGGAGAGGAAGCUGAGGCGGCAGCUGACUGAGUGAGUGAGUGAGGGGCUGAGGUGGUGGUGGUGAGUCACCCCGGAAAAGGCUGCGAAGGGAGAGGCUGGCUGGGGCUCCUCGGAGCAGCAGCCUUGGAAGAGGGGCGAGAUGAAGGGCGAGCUCUGAGGAGGACCAGGCAAGGGGGUGGGGUCCUUGCCUCGUUCCUGGUGGCUGUGCCUGGAGCUGCCACCUCCCCUCCCUUUUAAAAGGUGGGGUGGGGUGGGGGUGCUAAUCAAGCCGCCUCUUCAGAUUAGGGGCUGUUCCUGGGAGAGGCUGCUGCAUAAGCCCCCCUCCUCGGGUGGGGCAAGUGGCGGAGAAGAAGGAGGAAGAGGAAGCCGGCGCUCUUCCUCGCUCCUCUGCAGAAAGAGACGGAGACAGAGAAACCAGGCCGGCUUGGAAGAGGGGGAGUGAUUUAUCCGGAGCUUGUUUAGGGUCGAUGGUUGUGUGGCUGUGACUUAGGGAGGGAGGACAAGGGAGCAGCACGCGUUCCUUCCCUUGCCUGUCACACGCCCGCUUUUGCCCCCGGCCAGGGGGGUAAUUAGCUUGGGAGAGUUUCGCAGGAAUUUCCCCCCAUCUGCAUGCAUGCAUGCUCGCUGGCUGGCUGGCUGGUGCUGCAGCUUGGAGGGAAAGGGGGGCUGCGCGGCAGAUGUAGGAUCCUCGUAGGGUCCCUCCUUUCUUUCUCCUCUUCCUUCCUCCCUCCCUCCCUUCCUCCCUCUCCAGCACGGAGAAAGGAGGAAGAAAGAGUCAAUUGGAGACAUCGGUGAGGGGAAAAACCUGAAAUUGAAGCUUGAUGGCCUCGCGAUCGCUCCCUUUUUGGAAGAGGAGGAUAAUAAAACCUCUGUUGUCGCCAAUGCCCUGACUACUUUUUGAAUUUUGUUGGAGAACUAGCCUGGAUAUAUUCUUCCUGCAGUCGUUUUACGGGAUCACUACAACGCAGAGAACCCAAUCUCAUCGUCUGGUGUUCUUUUAAAAUUGUGUGUUUUUUGUGGCGGGGAGAAGCUAUUUUAAAAAUGGAAAACGAGGUAUUCACACCUCUUUUGGAUCUCUUCAUAUCCAGCCCUCUUGUUACUUGGGUUAAGACAUUUGGACCGCUAGCUGGAGGAAAUAGAACAAAUUUGGAGGAAUAUGUUGCACUGGUGGAUGGUGUUUUCUUGAAUGAAGUCAUGCUCCAGAUCAACCCUAAAGCAGCCAGUCAAAGAGUCAAUAAAAAAGUCAACAAUGAUGCAUCACUUCGAAUUCAAAACUUGUCUAUUUUGGUGAAGCAAGUUAAAUUGUACUAUCAGGAGACGUUGCAACAGUUGAUUAUGAUGCCUUUGCCAAAUGUUUUAAUAAUUGGCAAAAACCCCUUUUCUGAACAAGGUACCGAUGAAGUAAAAAAGCUGCUUCUACUCCUGCUCGGCUGUGCAGUUCAGUGUCAGAAGAAAGAAGAAUUCAUCGAAAGAAUCCAGAGUUUAGACUUUGAUACAAGAGCAGCUGUUGCUGCCCAUAUACAAGAGGUAACUCAUAAUCAGGAAAACGUUUUUGAUCUCCAGUGGAUGGAUGACAAUGCUCUGUCACAAGAAUAUAUUGAGCCUCUACUAAAAAAUAUGGCAUUGCAUUUAAAAAGGCUUAUAGAUGAACGAGAUGAGCAUUCUGAGACUAUCAUAGAACUAUCUGAAGAACGAGACUCUCUUCAUUUUCUACCUCAUGCAUCAGCAGCACAGUCACCUUGUGGAUCUCCAGGCAUGAAACGUACUGAAAGCAGACAGCACUUGUCAGUGGAGCUAGCAGAUGCCAAAGCAAAGAUCAGAAGGCUCAGACAAGAGCUUGAGGAAAAGACUGAACAGUUGCUGGAUUGUAAACAAGAGCUGGAACAGAUCGAAGUUGAAUUGAAGAGACUGCAGCAAGAGAACAUGAAUUUGCUUUCGGAUGCCCGUUCUGCUAGGGUAUACCGGGAUGAACUUGAUGCUCUCAGAGAGAAGGCAAUCCGGGUUGACAAGCUUGAAAGUGAAGUCAGCCGAUACAAAGAGAGGCUACAUGAUAUUGAAUUCUACAAGGCUAGAGUUGAGGAAUUAAAAGAAGAUAAUCAAGUAUUGUUGGAAACAAAGACAAUGUUGGAAGAUCAGUUGGAAGGCACCCGAGCCCGUUCUGAUAAAUUGCAUGAAUUGGAGAAAGAGAAUCUACAGUUAAAAGCUAAAUUGCAUGAUAUGGAGAUGGAACGUGAUAUGGAUCGGAGGAAAAUCGAGGAACUUAUGGAGGAAAAUAUGACCCUAGAAAUGGCUCAGAAGCAGAGUAUGGAUGAAUCACUACAUCUUGGCUGGGAGCUUGAACAGAUGAACAGGUCUACUGAAAUUGCUGAAGUGCCACGGAAGUCACUUGGUCAUGAAGUUAAUGAACUGACCUCAAGUCGGCUAUUGAAACUAGAAAUGGAAAACCAAAGUUUGUUAAAGACUGUGGAACAGCUGCAAAAUACAGUGGGAUCUGUGGAAGGCAGUAAUUCAAAAAUUCUGAAAAUGGAAAAGGAAACCCAAAGACUGAAUAAAAAGUUGGAAGUACUUGAGAAUGAGCUUACUGAAGAGAAACAAAGUCUUCAGAAUAGUCAGAAUCUGAGCAAAGAUUUGAUGAAAGAGAAAGCACAGCUUGAAAAAACAAUUGAGACACUGAGAGAAAACUCUGAAAGACAGAUUAAAAUACUGGAACAGGAGAAUGAGCAUUUGAAUCAAACAGUGGCUUCCCUCAGACAGCGCUCACAGAUCAGUGCUGAAGCAAGAGUCAAAGAUAUUGAAAAAGAAAAUAAAAUUCUCCAUGAAUCUAUCAAAGAGACAAGUAGCAAAUUAAAUAAGAUAGAAUUUGAAAAGAAGCAAAUUAAAAAAGAGUUGGAACAUUAUAAAGAGAAGGGAGAAAGAGCAGAUGAGAUGGAGAAGGAAGUUCAUCAUCUUGAAAAAGAAAAUGAAGUGUUACAGAAAAAGAUUACCAAUCUAAAGAUUACAUGUGAAAAAAUAGAUGCUUUAGAACAAGAAAAUGCCACUCUCGAAGUUGAAAAUAGAAAGCUGAAGAAAACUUUAGAUAGCCUGAAAAAUCUCAGCUUUCAGUUAGAGUCAUUAGAGAAAGAAAAUGCACAACUUGAUGAAGAAAAUUUAGAACUCAGAAGAACAGUUGAAUCUUUGAAGAGUGCAAACAUCAAAAUGGCUCAGUUACAGCUAGAAAAUAAAGAACUUGAAAGUGAGAAAGAACAGCUUCAGAAGAGCCUGGAGCUUAUGAAAACGUCUUGUAAGAAGACUGAACGUUUAGAAGUCAGUUACCAAGGUUUGGAUACAGAGAACCAAAGGCUGCAAAAAGCCCUAGAAAACAGCAAUAAAAAGAUACAGCAUUUGGAAUGUGAAUUGCAGGAUCUAGAGACAGAAAAUCAAACCCUACAAAAAAACCUGGAAGAGCUCAAAAUCUCUAGUAAGCGCCUAGAAAAAUUAGAGAAGGAGAAUAAGCUUUUGGAGCAAGAGACCUCUCAGCUGGAGAAAGACAAAAAGCAGUUAGAAAAAGAGAAUAAGCGGCUUCGACAACAAGCAGACAUUAAGGACAGCACGUUAGAAGAAAAUAAUGUGAAAAUUUGUAACCUAGAAAAAGAGAACAAGUCACUGGUGAAAGAAAUUGGUGUAUGUAAAGAAGCUUCUGUUCGACUAAAAGAGAUUGAAAAAGAGAAUAAAGAGCUUGUAAAAAGAGCCACCAUUGACAAGAAAACACUUGUCACAUUGCGAGAGGAUUUGGUGAAUGAAAAGCUGAAGACACAGCAGAUGAAUAAUGAUUUAGAAAAGCUUACAUACGAACUUGAAAAAAUAGGUUUAAAUAAGGAGCGUCUUCUCCAUGAUGAGCAGAGUACUGAUGACAGCAAAUACAAACUGUUGGAAUCAAGGUUGGAGUCCACACUGAAGAAGUCACUUGAAAUAAAAGAAGAAAAAAUUGCUGCUUUGGAAGCUCGAUUAGAAGAAUCAACAAAUCUAAACCAACAGCUGCGUCAGGAGCUUAAAACGGUUAAAAAGAAUUAUGAAGCCCUAAAGCAAAGACAAGAAGAGGAAAAAAUGGUACAAAAUUGUUCUUCAAGGACGGGUGAAGAAAGUCAAUCAGUCAAUAAAUGGGAAAGAGAGAGUCAGGAAACUACUAGAGAACUUUUGAAGGUCAAAGAUAGAUUGAUUGAAGUUGAAAGAAAUAAUGCAACUCUGCAGGCAGAGAAGCAAGCCCUGAAAACACAACUAAAGCAUCUUGAGACACAGAACAAUAAUUUGCAAGCCCAGAUUUUGACACUUCAGAGACAGUCUGUCUCCUUACAGGAGCAAAAUACAACCCUGCAAACUCAGAAUGCCAAGCUUCAGGUAGAAAACUCAGCUAUCAAUUCGCAAAGUACAUCUCUUAUGAAUCAGAAUGCUCAGCUGCUGAUUCAGCAGUCUGCCUUGGAAAAUGAGAAUGAAUCCAUAAUCAAAGAACGGGAGGAUUUGAGAUCACUGUAUGAUUCCCUAGUCAAAGACCAUGAAAAACUGGAACAGCUUCAUGAACGGCAAGCUGCUGAAUACGAAUCUCUAAUUUCCAAACAUGGAAACCUUAAAUCGGCACACAAGAAUCUUGAGGUGGAACAUAAGGACUUAGAAGACAGGUACAAUCAGUUGCUGAAACAAAAGGUGCAAUUGGAAGAACUGGAAAAAGCUCUCAAAGCAGAGCAAGAAAAGAUGCUACAGCAAAGCAAAAAGCAUGAAACUGUCGCAGCAGAAUACAAAAAGCUCUGUGAGGAAAAUGAUAGACUAAAUCAUACCUACAACCAACUUUUGAAAGAGAAUGAAGUUCUCCAAAUGGAUCAUAAGAAUUUGAAAACACUACUGAACAAUUCUAAACUAGAACAAACACGAUUAGAAGCUGAAUUUUCCAAGCUCAAAGAACAGUACCAACAGCUGGACAUUACAUCUACAAAACUGAAUAAUCAGUGUGAGUUGCUUAGCCAAUUAAAAGGAAACUUGGAGGAAGAAAACAGACAUCUAUUGGAUCAAAUACAGACGUUAAUGCUACAGAACAGAACGUUAUUAGAGCAGAAUAUGGAAAGCAAAGAUCUCUUCCACGUUGAACAGAGACAGUAUAUUGACAAAUUAAAUGAAUUGAGAAGACAAAAAGAGAAACUAGAAGAAAAGAUUAUGGAUCAGUAUAAAUUUUAUGAACCAUCUCCCCCAAGAAGGAGAGGGAACUGGAUUACUCUGAAAAUGAGGAAGUUGAUAAAAUCUAAGAAGGAUGUUAACAGAGAACGUCUCAAGUCUUUGACUCUGACACCAACCCGCUCAGAAUCCAGUGAAGGAUUUCUUCAACUACCUCAUCAGGAUAGUCAAGAUAGUUCCUCAGUGGGCUCAAACUCACUUGAAGAUGGUCAGACUGUGGGAACCAAAAAAAGCAGCAUGGUUGCACUGAAAAGACUGCCCUUUUUGAGGAACAGACCGAAGGAAAAAGACAAAAUGAAGGCCUUCUACCGUCGCUCCAUGUCCAUGAAUGACCUGAUGCAGUCCAUGGUCCUAGCAGGAGGACAAUGGACAGGUAGUACUGAGCAUCUGGAGGGUCCUGAUGAUAUACCUACGGGUAAAAGGAGAAAAGAAUUGGGAUCUAUGGCCUUCUCUACUACAUCAAUCAACUUUGCAACUGUCAACUCUGCUGCAGGCUUGAGAUCCAAGCAGUUGCUUAAUAAUAAAGAUGCUACAUCUUUUGAAGAUGUAAGCCCACAAGGAAUUAGUGAUGAUUCUAGUACAGGAUCAAGAAUUCAUGCUUCCAGACCCGCCAGCCUUGAUAGUGGCAGAACAUCCACUAGCAAUAGCAAUAAUAAUGCCUCACUUCAUGAAGUCAAAGCAGGUGCAGCUAAUAAUCAAAGCAGGCCACAAAGCCACAGUAGUGGAGAAUUUAGCCUGCUUCAUGAUCACGAUGCAUGGUCCAGCAGCAGCAGCAGUCCUGUCCAGUAUCUGAAAAGCCAUACCAGAUCUAGCCCCAUACUUCAUCAUAAAAUAUCAGAAACUCUGGAUAGACCAGGAACACGGAGAUUUAAGACUGAUUCUCCUGGAAGUGAAGUAGUUACUCUGCAGCAAUUUUUGGAAGAAAGUAAUAAGGUUACUUCAGCUGAGAUCAAGUCCUCAAGUCAAGACAAUCUUUUGGAUGAAGUAAUGAAAAUUUUUUCUGAAAAUGCUGAAUUAGCAGGAAGGGAGAAACUAAGGAAACAGUCAUCAGGCUGCAGUGGUAUUGCCAGAUCACAGAGUGUGAAAACCACUGCUGAGUUUUCUGAUGGCAAGUUAACUAAACAAGAAUACCUUGCAAGGUCCAGUACACGUAGAAUGGAAGAUUCUAACUUCUCAAAUUCUUCAAAAACACUUACAGCAGGCACUAAAGGAAGGGCCAAGUCUGUAAAGGAAAACGUACAUACAAAUCUGUCACAACGACAAUCAAAAGAUUGUAACCCUUAUGCUACUUUACCUCGGGCAAGCAGUGUGAUUUCAACAGCCGAAGGAACUACUCGAAGGACAAGCAUCCAUGAUUUUUUAUCUAAGGACACUAGGCAACCAGUAUCAGUUGACCCAGCACCAUCUGCAACUGACAGAAGUGUCCCAUCGUCUUCUAAUGUGGAAGCUAAACCAGAAAGCAGAAAUUCAAAAAGCAGGUCUAGGGAGCAACAAAGCUCCUAAUUCUAUUACCCCCACUACAUGAGAUGUGGGCCAAGUGAGAGAAAAGUGUCCUUCAGUAUCUCAGUAUGAAGCCUAUUUAUUUCUGAAGUAACAAGGCGUCCAGCUAUAGGAAUCAUGUUUAAAACAAACAAAUAUGUUGAGGAAAGUUUUUGCAGGCCUACAUGAAUAGAGCAGUCAAGAAAUACAAAACUUCUUUCCUUGAAUCAAGGAACUUUACUGGCAUCUCCUGCUGAAUUUUUUAAAGACGGAAUUUAUUGCACAUUGCACUGUUAAGAUCUACUGGGGAAAAGGACAAUUUUCAUCUCUCUAAGGACCAAGGGUUGUGCAGUCUCAAGAAUUACUCCAGGAAGUAAUUUUAUGGACUUAGUCACCAUUUGCUUAUUGCUUCCGCUAAUCAUGAGCAAUAUUUAGUUCUGUAAAACUGAAAGGGGAAUAUAUUGUGGAAUUUGCUGUAUAUACAGGUACCAAAAAGGAAAAGAGCCCCACAAGCUUAUUGGCAGUUCACGGCCUUAUUGGGUUUGCAUAAUUUGCAUGGCGUUGCUCUUCGUAAGACAAGACUGCUGAUUUACUUUGUGUAUGGCAGAAAGAAACUGAAAACAUAACUGAACACUUUAAACCACACUCACCAUUAAUUCAUCUUUUCCAUAUGUGUAUUCUACACAACAAUAUUCCAGUGUUUCAGCAGGAAAAUGACAGAAGAAAUAUUUCUGGAACAUUCUUUUUCUGAUAAAAUGGUUUUUGGGGUUGUUUUUUUACAUAACCAUCUCCAGGAUACAACUGUCUUACAUUAAAUAUUUUGUAUUUUUACUUGUUUGUUUUUUAAUUGUGAUUUUGCUAGGAGAAAGCUUUAUGGGGAAAGACCAUCAUAAAUAUGGUCACAAUCUGCGUUUUGCAAGCCAUUCAUUUUAGUAGGGCUCUUACUAAUAAGUUGUUUUUUGUUCUUUAUAAUUUUAUUUACAUUAAGGUUGAUUAAUGUUGUUGGUACUUUUAAAUAUUUGUAUGCAUUUGUUGUCUUAAAAACUCUUGCAAAGAGCACAAGAAAAUAGAUGUGGUUAAUCCUGGGAAAUGUACAUGAAAUUAUUCUGGUUUAUAUUAAAUUUCAAAGUUUUAUUUUCUUACAAGCCAGUACAUGUAUUUCCAUGACCUCUAUCAGAUUUAACCAUUUAACCUCAUAGGGUUUAACCCUGCUUAUGCACGUGAGAAUCUUUCACCCCAUCAUCUUUUACAUUUAUCUCAGCCAAGUUUCAGUUAUGAGUAGAAUUGCAGUAUAUUUAUGUUCUUGUUGAACUGGGACCACUACCUUCAUAAAGAUCAAAUGUUCUUGCUUACCUCAUUCCACAGAGCAUGAAAAAUAUUGUAUUAUACUCAUCAGUCUUUUCCUUACUGUUACCAAGAUUAUUUCUACAAGUUAGAGUAGACUUUGCCAGUGGAAAACAGAAGGCAGCAAGCAAGACUUCACAUGCACAUGCAUCAGAGGCCAGGUGCACAAUGCUGCUAAUUGCCUGCCACACCCAUGGUGGUGAAGCACAUCACUCUCCAGUCCAGCCCCACCCUCCCAGGUUGUCGGUCAGUGGUAUGCACCUUUGCCCACCAUCAUGUGCAGGCUACUCACAGCUAGGGUAUAUGGAGAGUAUCUCCAGAGGCAGCAUAGCAGCUAUAUCUGUUUUGUACUUCCUGCCCUCUGCAUAGGAGGGUAGGAUGGUAGCCAUAGUUCAAUAACUUCCGAUUCCAUGACUUUUCACACAUCCAUGGGUAUGCUUAGUGUGGCUAUAUCUUAACGGUUUCCCAGCAUAAUGUUUUUAGGUGUAUAAGGCUUGCAGUGCAGGGCAAGCUCUCCUUAAUUUCAGUAUGGGGAGAGCAGGUGAGAAUUGGUAUUGGACCCAAGGAAUGUUUCCAUUAUGAUGCUUGAUAGACAAAAAAUAUUGCCACAUAACUUAUCCAUGAUAAUGCCCAUGGCUAGCUCAGGUCACUUGCCUGGGUGUAUAUGAACAGGAUCUAUCUGAACAUCAUUAGAACAUCAGCCCAAUCAAGUGCCAUAGAGUGAGCAGAGGUAUUUACAAGUCUGACCAGACUUGGCAACAUGAUCAAAACUGAUGUGAUUCUUACAAUUCUGAGAGUGUCUUUGUGUAUAUAAAAACAACAUAAUUCAUAUAUUCAAACAAAGUAUUUAUGGAAGACUUGACAUUAAGAAGCAACUUCUAGAAAGAUGAAUGGAACUUCUUCAGGCCAGGUCCUGAGUGCUUCUGAGCACCCUCAUUUCCCAACAGAGAGCUCUGGAAAUUAAGGGCACCAAGUCCCAUAUACAGUCAUAAACUACCAAUAAAAGGACUUCCUGAUUUGAACAAAGAUAUCCAGAAUCCCAGUAUCACAAGCAGCACUGUGCAUCAUGCUAAUUUUAGUUGGAAAUUAUUCUGCCAUUACAAAGAAUUGUAAACUGGGAUGGCUAAGGGUCACAUCCCAUGAUCCAGCGCUACCUAGUAACCACUUCUAUGCUGAGCCAUGUGGUUGCUCUAUGUGGGGUGCUAUUCAUGCACUGCCACAUGCCUUCUUUUGAUUUCCUCCAUACCACCACAAAUCUUUUAAAACAAGUGCAUGCUAGAAUGGCAAGUGGUUUACACUCCAGAGACCAGCCACAUAGAAGAGCUUGUUUGUAUGAACUGACUCCAAGGCACUGCAUGGUUUGGGAUUUGUUGCUUUGUUAGCGCUUUUGGGAACAACCAUGCACUUUUCAUGUAUUUGCCAGACCUCUGAUUGACCAUACCUAUUUUCUUUAGAUUUGCACCUUUUUGAGCUUUGCACUUGUUUUAUAUACCCAUGUAAGAUUUAAGAUUUCAUUUCAUAAGCAUGCUACCCUUUUACAGGCAACAAGAUUGUCUACCAGGUGCUUCUGUUGUGUUUGACCCUUUGAAAUCAAGAGAAAAUUGUGCCAAGACUAUUUAAUUUACAUGGGGCUUGCAUGGGAGAGAUUGAAGGUAUAUUUUGCCCCAUCUAAUAUACCUAUGUGGGGCAACAGGCUGGAUUUAGGACUACAAAUCAAAUUUUUUUAAAGCAUCAUUCAAAGUGUUAAAAAUGAAAUACAAUAUUCUCUUAACACUCAUCUUUCUGAAAGGGUGAGGCUUAUGGGCUAUAAAUUUAUUUCCUUAGCUCCUUCUCAACAGAGCCUGGAUUUUGUGCAGGAGAACCAAAGGCCCUGUAAUAAUUCUGAUAGCUUCCCCUUCCAGUGCACUGUGAGGGAUAUUACCUGGUUUUCCUGACCUCUCUAGACUUCACUCCUUUUGAAUCGGUGAAGAAAACUGAAAUGUGUCAUCCCUUUAUCCCAAUUUUCAUAACAGUCUAGACAGUUUAUUUAAAAAUGCAACUUUUAAAAAACCAUUUAUAAAAUCAAUGACAGUGUCGGGGAAAGCGUGUAACUUCACCAUCCGUCAAAAUCCCAGCACCUUUGGAACUAAAUGCAAGGGCUUUUUCAUUGCACAUGACAAUAUUCAGCAGCUGCAAAGCGGAAGCUGGAAAUCUGUUCUAAGACAAUGAAAUGUUUUAAUUUCCACUCUGCUGCUGUUGCUAAGGCUACAGUUGCCAUGUCCAAACUGCAUUGUUUCUUGAAAUGUCAAGUGUUUUUCAAGGAAGAGUGCAGCUCCAGCAAUGGAGCCAAUAUAUGUGCUCAGAUGUAAACUCUUAUUGUGUGUGUAGCUCAAAAAUUGUUAAGAAUGGAACUGCCUUAAAAGGGGAGCACCUGGGUGCGACACAAACUGUUUGAACACUGUUUUACAGAAACUCUUAUUUAAAGCUGUAGUUUUCCUUUCUUAUACCUAUUAAGGAGUUUUGUAAUGUUUGCCAUUGUACACUACUUAAUUAUGUUAUUAAAAUUCCAAGCCAAAUAA